GUCAGCGAGAAGGUUGGAGGGGCUGAAGGGACCAAGCUAGAUGAUGACUUCAAGGAAAUGGAAAAGAAAGUGGACCUGACCAGCAAGGCGGUUACAGAAGUGCUGACCAGAACAAUAGAGUACCUCCAGCCGAACCCAGCUUCCAGAGCCAAGCUAACCAUGCUCAACACCAUGUCGAAGAUCCGUGGGCAGGUGAAGAACCCCGGCUACCCACAGUCAGAAGGGCUGCUGGGGGAGAGCAUGAUCCGCUACGGCAAGGAGCUGGGCGAGGACUCCAACUUUGGCGAUGCACUUCUUGACGCUGGCGAAUCGAUGAAGCGGUUGGCUGAGGUGAAGGAUUCGCUGGAUAUUGAAGUCAAACAGAAUUUUAUUGAUCCCCUCCAGAAUCUGUGUGACAAAGACCUGAAAGAGAUCCAGCACCAUCUCAAGAAGCUGGAAGGAAGACGCUUGGACUUUGACUACAAGAAGAAAAGACAGGGUAAAAUCCCUGAUGAGGAGCUUCGACAGGCCAUGGAGAAAUUUGAAGAGUCCAAGGAAGUAGCAGAGACCAGUAUGCACAACCUCCUAGAAACUGAUAUCGAGCAGGUGAGCCAGCUCUCAGCCUUGGUGGACGCCCAGCUGGACUACCACAGGCAGGCGGUGCAGAUCCUGGACGAGCUCGCGGAGAAACUCAAGCGCCGAAUGAGGGAGGCCUCCUCGCGUCCCAGGCGGGAAUACAAGCCCAAACCCAGGGAGACGUAUGAUUUCGGAGAUGCUGACCAAUCUAACGGGGGCUUCUCUUGCAAUCCUCCCCCCAAAGUCUCAGCAGCUUCCUCCUCUUUCCGAUCCGACAAGCCGUCCCGGGCCUCCGUCAGGAGUAUCCCCCCCCUGGACCAGCCCUGCUGCAAGGCUCUCUACGACUUCGAACCCGAAAACGACGGCGAGCUGGGCUUCAAGGAAGGCGACAUCAUCACCCUGACCAACCAGAUCGACGAAAACUGGUACGAGGGCAUGAUCAACGGCCAGUCGGGCUUCUUCCCC